CUACGAACCGCAACACAGCAAGAUCGUCAAAAUGUCCAACGACCUCGAGUGGCUCCUCCUCCGCAAAAACAACUCCUUCAUUGUGAAGAGGGUUGCGGAGGGCCCGAUUUUCUCCAAGGAGCCGGCCAACCUCACGAACAUCCACUCAUGGAAGUACUCCGGUCUUGCUAACUCCAAGACGAUCGCUGUGACGGACAGCGAGUCGGGCAUCAAGAUCACGACCCGCAAGACGAAGGCCUCGCCCAACGGUGUGCGCCCCGCCUACGCGACCUCUACCGUCCGCAACCGCUCUGGCGGCCGCCGCGCCGUCGGUGUCGCUGCCGGGCUCGCGAAGCGCAGCUACCGCCCUGACCUCCGGGAGGCUACCGUCGCCCGCGUAUCGGCUAUCCUCGCCACGCAGCAGGAGAAGAAGCCCUACCCGCCGAAGAAGACGCGGGGCAAGAGGAGAACCGAGGCAUAGGCGUGUGCCGGGCUGUCAUGCUUUCUCCUCUACUUUCGCUUUCGAUUACCGCAUACUGCAAGCCAUGUGUAUGUACCAUGCAAUCCAUGCGACCACGCUACGCACACCGAGAUCACCCAUCGCACUGCGGCGAAGAC